CAAAGUAGGCUCAUCUUUUAUCUUUUUUACAUAUUCAUCUUCAGAUACCAUUGAACAUCUUGGGAUAUUGUUUAUUUCUUAACAUUUUUUUUAAACUAGAUAGAGGUAUGGAUUUUUUAAAUGUGUUUUUAUGAAUGAAGAAACCUAGGCAAAGGGAGAUUGGGGAUGGGGGCAGGUUCAAUAUCAGAAGUUAUUUUAACAAACAUUUUAAGAUGCAUCUACUACAGGCUUUCUAACAAUGGAAUGGCCUAUCUCUGAAGGUAGAGUGAUUUUCUAGCACUCAUUGGAAGGGUUCAAACAGAAAAUGGAUGACUUAUGAGAAACUUAAUAGAGGAGAUUCAUACAUGUGGUAGUAGUUGGACUAGGAUAUCUUUUAGGGCCCCUCCAGCUUUAAGAUUCUGUUAUUGUAAGAUCUCUGAUUUAUGAAAAGUGUCAACUCAACACAAUCUUUUCUGUUAGUACUAGGCACCACCAAAAUAUUUUCCAAGUUAAGUACUUGAAGAAUGCUCAUUGCUUUUUCUUGAAUUACUAUAUACUUUGGACAUUUAAAAAUUGUGUCUCAUGAAGAAUUAGCAAGAACUAUCCUCAUCCAAUUUGUAUUGAAUUAUUUUUCAUUAGAAGUCACUUAAAUAUUUUUCCUUCCCCACCCCAAACACAAUUUCUCAUCAUAAAUUUGAUUUUUAUCAGAGCAUACAAACAUAUCUUGAUAUGGAAAGCUUUGUCUAUUGAAAAAAUGUAAGUUCCUAUUCCUAUUUCAGAUCUUUUGUUAAAUAUUGGUAGGCAACUUUCCCACCCCCCAAAAAAGUACAAGGUUAUCAAAAAAGAUGUUGUGAAUAAUAGAAACUAUAGCACAUGGCUUAAGCUUUUCUCUCCAGUAGUUUGUGACCUCACACAGCCCUCUGACUAGUGGUGACACAGUCAGUGUUUCCUGUGAACUGCAAGUCUGGCUGGUCCCACUAUUGUUGUUCAACUUUUGCCUGGAAAAAAAACAAAAAUUAUUUACUAUAAGCCAGUGUCCUGUUUGUUUAUAACUUUGCUGGGAAAUACCAUAUCCCAAGAGUCCCAGUGGCACUGACUUGCUAGUAAAAGAAAAAUUUUUUUCUCGUGGAUUGUGUUGGAGGCCGGAAGUUAGUUACUCGCACCCUGUUUUGCUGAAUUGACUUGGAGGGGGGUAAUGUGUACCAGUUGCUUGCUUUUCCAGGGCUUCCUUUUCUUUUAGAGGAAAAGUAGUGCCAUAUUGUGGCAAAAGGAGCAAAAAGAGAUUGGAGUCAAAAGGCUUGGGCUCUAUUCCCAGUUUUUAAGUCAAGGCACUUAAUUUUUUUCUGUCCCUUGCUGGCCUUAACUGCAAAAUGUUAAAUGAUAGGGGAGCAACUGGGUGGCUUUCAGUGAACUGAGAUCCAGGUCUAGAGAGGGGAGGUGUCCUGGGUUCAAAUGUGGCUUUAGGUACUAUCUUAGCUAUGUGACUGGUCAAGUAACUUCUAAAUUCUAUUGCCUCAGCCUUUAGUGGUUUUCUGCCCUAGAACCAAUACACAGUAUUGAUUCUAAAACGGAAGGUAAGGCUUUAAAAAAAAAUGUUUAAUGAUAACUUCCCUGGUUCUCUCACAAGGCUUUUGUGAUGAUCAUAUGAGAUAUGUGAAAAUACUACAUUCAAUUAAGAGUCAUAGAAGGUUUUUUCCUUGUUAAUCACUCUUGGCAAAAUAGUCCAUAAAAUCUUCAGGUUGAUGGGGAUCUUAAAGGUAAUUUAAUGCAAUCAUUACUUGAAGCCUAUAUCCCAGUCAGUUUUCAUCAAUUUCAUAUUUGAAAAUCACCAGUGAUGGCAAGUCAGUAUCACCUAAGUUAAUGCAUUCUGGUUUUUGUCAGGUCUAAUGUUAGUAUAUUUUCCCUUAUAUGUGAAGUUACUUCUGUGGGAGCAGGCCAGUAGAGUUAGAGUCUAGAUAAAGUUGUUAAUAAGAUGAAAAGGUAUAUAAAUAAAACUUAUGCCUGAGUUCCUUAAAUUGCCCAGAAAGAAUUUCCUAGACAACUUUUGCAACUUUAGGAUAACUCUUAUUAUGAGGAAGUUUUUCCCUCUGAAAAUCUCUUUCUACAUAACCUUCAUUAUGCCUGGUACUUCCUUUUGGGAUCAAGCAGAAGAAGUCUGAUCCUUCUUCCAAGUGACACCCCUUUCAGCAUUGUAGGCAGCAAUGAUUUUCUCCCUGGUUCUUAGUCUUCCUGUGACUGUUUUUUGGUCGAAUAAAAAUUCUAAAUAUGAAUACAGUAUACAUGAGUUUGUGUACCUGUUCCUUUAUCUCCUGGCUGUUUGUAAGGUUGGGCAAAUCACCUAAUUUAUUUGAGCUCUGGUUUCUCCAUUUGUAAAGUAGAGGUAAUACACUCUAUCCUACUUUUUUAGGUAAAGUAUAAAAAGGUGAAUAGUUAUUUAGUAGUCCUCAGCCCUGUACUGUUUGCUGAAGUAAAAUGAGCAUCUUUCUCUAUCUUUUGUCUUUUUUUAAAUAGCAGUAGUGAUGAUAGAUUUUCUUUUCCAAUGGAGAAUAGAGCAUAUGAGCAAAGAACCCAAAGUAUAAAAACAAUGCAGAGCAUGAUAGACUAGCGCACAAGACUAAGACUUAAAGGACCUUUGUUCUUUUCCCAGCUCAGCCACUAACUAGCCAAGAACUUUUCCCUUCUCUGGCAUCCAUUUUAUAUUAUUUUUUUGACCUAUAAAAUGAGAGAACUGAUUAAAUAGUCUCUGAAGAUUCCAUCCAGCAGUAUGACCUGAAAAAUAAGUAUAGCAUGAUGAAAAGAAUUCUAGAUAGAAAUCACAACCUGGGUUCAUAUCCUACUUCUGCCAUAUUUAUCAACUACAUUUGUGGCCUGGGGGCCACAAAUCAUCUGUACCUCAAUUUCCUCACCUGAAAAAUGAUAGGGGUGUUGAACUGAGUAACCUUUGAUUUACCUCUUUUAGCCCUAGAUCUCUGAUUCUGUGAACCAUUUUGUCUUAAGUUAGUAAGCAACAAACAAGAGGGAAACCAUCCUGAAUCUUCUGAUUCCAAUUUGAAAUCAUUGUUCCAUUAUAAGUUAUCUCUUAUUCAAAUCACCUGUAUUUUUAAAGCUUUGUUUCAUCCAGUGAUAUCAAAAGGGCAGGUAGGUGGUAAAAUGAAAUAGAGUACCAGGGUCUAGAGUCACGAAGACUCAUCUUCCUGAGUUCAGAUAUGACCUUAGGUCACAACUUAAAAUCACACCGUCUCUGUAACAUGGAGGCUUUUUUAGAAUGCUUAAAGUGCUUCUUUGGAAAUGUUAACUCUGCAAUUAAAGUUGUAUUGUCAAAAAGAAACUAAAAAUCCUGCUGAAGCUAGUAAUGAACUCUUUUGACAUUUUAUGACACUUCCAUCUUUAAAUCUUAAAAUUCAUUCUCUUCUUUGAAGUCUUUAGAUCCUUUUGAAAGGGUUGGAUUGAAGAGAAAAUAAACAUAGUUUUAAGAUUGUAUGUCUUUAAUACUGGAUGAUGAUAUUGUUCAGUCAUGUCUGACCCUUUGUGACCCUAUUUGGGUUUUCUUGGCAGACAUUCUGGAGUGGUUGGCCAUUUUCUUCUCCAGCUCCUCCUCUGCAGAUGAAGAAACUGAGGCAAACAGGAUUAAGUGACUUGCCCAGGGUCACCCAACUAUUAAGUGCCCGAGGUCUUCCGGAACAGUACUACAGCCUCACUUGGUUCCUUAGCCCUAUCCUGGGCCUCAUCUUCACUCCACUGAUAGGUUCUGCUAGUGACCGAUGUACACUUAGCUGGGGCCGCCGGCGGCCUUUCAUUCUUGCUCUCUGCAUUGGAGUUCUCAUUGGAGUUGCACUUUUCCUCAAUGGUCCUGCCUUAGGUCUGGCCCUUGGUGAUGUCCCAAAUAAGCAUCCUAUUGGAAUUGUCCUCACAGUGCUUGGUGUUGUGAUACUGGAUUUCAGUGCAGAUGCAACAGAAGGGCCAAUUCGUGCCUACUUGUUGGAUGUCGUGGACAGCGAAGAGCAAGACAUGGCACUUAACAUCCAUGCCUUUUCAGCUGGUCUUGGAGGAGCAAUUGGCUAUGUGCUGGGAGGAUUGGAUUGGACACAGACCUUCUUGGGUUACUGGUUUAAAACCCAAUAUCAAGUCCUCUUCUUCUUUGCAGCCAUCAUUUUCACAGUGUCUGUAGUGCUCCACCUUUUUAGCAUCGAAGAAGAGCAAUAUUGCCCUCAGCAAGAUCGAAUCGAAGAAGCAGAUACCCUCUCCAGUGUCAAAUACAGUAGCAGCCUCCCCCCCCUCAGCCGCUUGAAUGUAAUUAAUGACGGAGAACCAUAUGGGGUUCCUCUGUUUGCUGAUGAAGUACAGUCUCAGCAUGAGCUCAGUCUGGACUAUCUUGAUGUGGACAUUGUAAGAAGUAAAAGUGACUCUGUACUUCACAUGCCUGAUGCAACAUUGGAAAUUGAGCCAGAGCUACUUUUCCUUCAUGACAUCGAACCCUCCAUUUUUCAGGACUCUUCGAACCCUAACACUCCCCGAAGCACCAGCCAAGAGCUUAUGAAAUGCAAACGGAGCCGUUUGUCUACUCUCCUCAGGGAAAAUGAAAAAGAAGAUGACAUGUUGCUUGAUAAUCACUUGAAUGAAGCCAAAGUCCCAAAUGGCAGUGGCUCCCCACCAAAAGAUUUCAUCAAUGGAAACUCUAAAAUGGUCCUGAAGACUUCUAAUACUUCAGGCUCAAUUCGGAGGAGAAGGCACAUGUUCUACCGACAGGCCUCCUGCACCUUUUCAUACUAUGGCAAAGUAGGAUCUCACCGUUACCGUUUCCGACGAGCUAAUGCCAUUGUAUUGAUUAAGUCAUCCCGCAGCAUGAAUGACAUCUAUGAUAUACAAAAGAGAAAUCGUCAGAGGUGCAGACAAAGGAACCAGAGUGGUACAACCAAUUCCAGUGGUGACUCCGAGAGUGAGGAAGGAGAAACUGAGACCACAGUCAAACUGCUAUGGCUGUCCAUGUUGAAGAUGCCCAAGGAGCUAAAGAGGCUUUGCCUUUGUCACCUUGUGACCUGGUUUUCUAUCAUUGCUGAAGCAGUGUUUUAUACAGAUUUUAUGGGCCAAGUCAUCUUUGAGGGUGACCCUAUGGCACCUUCAAAUUCUACCGCUUGGCAAGCAUAUAAUGCAGGCGUGAAGAUGGGCUGUUGGGGAUUAGUCAUCUAUGCCACUACUGCUGCUAUUUGCUCAGCUCUGUUACAGAAGUAUUUGGACAACUAUGAACUUAGUAUAAGAGUGAUUUACAUCCUAGGAACCCUGGGUUUUUCCAUUGGUACUGCAGUGAUGGCCAUUUUCUCCAACAUGUACAUCGCUAUGAUAAUGAUCAGCACUAUGGGCAUCGUCUCAAUGAGCAUAUCCUACUGUCCUUAUGUACUCUUAGGACAAUAUCAUGAGAUUAAACAGUAUGUGCAGCAUAGCCCUGGAAAUUCAAGGCGUGGAUUUGGCAUCGACUGUGCAAUCCUUUCCUGCCAGGUUUAUAUUUCCCAAAUCCUUGUAGCCUCUGCACUAGGUGGAGUGGUGGAUGCAGUAGGGACAGUCCGUGUUAUUCCAAUGGUGGCAUCCGUGGGAUCAUUCUUGGGAUUCUUGUCAGCAACGUUCCUGGUAAUUUAUCCUGAUGUCUGUGAAGAGUCCAAGGAAGAGCAAAAGGGACUGUCUUCUCAGCAGACAGUUCAGAGUGGCAACACUGAGGAGAAACCCACUGUUUUAAAGCUCACUCGGAAAGAGGAAUCCCACGUCACAGUAGAGAGCGAGUCAGUCAUCUGAAUCUGCCUUUCUUAUUGACAUACAUUCCGAGCAGGAACUGGGGCCUGAGUGUGGAGAUGGUCUUAAAGGGGAGGGGGGGAGAGAAGUUUCUGAACAUUCUAUAAUUGCUAUUGCCUAAAUUAUGGCAUAAAUAAGAUUUCAUGCAAAAAUGCACUCAAAUUCAUUAGUCUUUUAGGUUAAGUUUGAACCAGUAAGCAAAUGCAUAAAACUGAUUGCUUUCUCCACAAUUUAAAACAAAACAACAAAAACAGGGGGAGAAAAAAAACCAGAAAAACAACCCCAUGUCACUUAUGAACACUUUUUUAAAAAAUUAAGAAUAAGACUUUUUGAUUCCAACUAUAACUCAGAACUUGCAGGUUUAUUGUUCUGCAUGUUUUUAACAUGUUGCUGUAUAGACAAUAAGCAAUUUAGAAAAAAUUAAGAUAUAUUUUGCCUUUUUUAGAUUGUAAUUUCAAACAGAAAGCUAUUUUGACAACUUUUAUGAAAUCUCAUCUGAGUCCCUCAGAUAAUGCUAGUUUAACUUGAAUAGACACUUUUAUCAGAAUUUUUUUCCACAAACAACUAUCAAUCUGACUGCUAUAGUUAUUUGGAUGUUUGGUCAAAUUUCACCGUAUUUUGUUGGUGCAGCUAUUAUGCAUAUUUUUCUUUGCAAUCAAUUUAGAAAAAAACAAGACACAAGUGUCAUUUUCUUAAAAAAAAAAUAGCAAUGGACAUUUCCCUCAAGACUGACUGAUCUAGGCCCAGGGGAUUGGGGUAGGGGGGGUGGGAGAUGGGAUUGGGGACAUACCAAAGGUGGGAGGAGCAGCCCAGGUGAUCUAAUGUUUGAAAUGCCCACUGGACAAGGACAGUUUGUUUUUAAUGCAUCAUCGGAACAUGCUGUGAUAUGACAUUAAGAGAAGACCCUUUAUUUGAACUGGUGAAUGUGCUGCAGUGUGUUUGUGUGUCUGUGUCUGGGUGUAUGGGCUUGUGUGUUUGUUGUGAGGGAUUUGUUGUUUGAUGCUAAUCAUCUCUGAAGCAACCAUGAAGGGGUAGAAGGUGUUCUCCUAUAAUAGCCAGCUUCCCAGAAUGUGUGACAGCCCUCUGGGGAAGGGAGGGUGGGGAUUUUUAUUUUUUUUUAAUUGCACUUUUUAUCAUCUUGAACCUUUUGUUGGGGAAAUCAUGCGAGCUGAGUUGAAGGCCUACCACCACUACAACAGCAUGAAGGCCUUCUGAUUUGCGUGGAAUUGUCUUGUGAUAACAGAAUCCAUGUCUAAGGAGACCUUGGGCCUUUACAGAAAAAAAAAAAGAAAUGGAGCAUGUGCCCUGCCUGCUGCUGAGUGGGCAGGCAACUACAUCUGCUGUAGCCCCUGGGCCUCUACUGACCUCUCAGCUGCAGAACCUUGAAAUUGGGACUUUCUAAGGCAACCAGAUGGGUUUUUUUUGUUGUUUUGUUGUUCUUUUUUCCCCUCCAGAACAAAAGGAAAGACUGCUCUGUUUUCUAUGUUUAAGAGAACCUUUAGUAUUUACAGUUUUCAUAUACAAGCAAAACUCAAGAGUGGGAGUAAAGUAGAAAAUGCAGCUGCUAUUUGGAAACUUCUCUCCAACCACAGUUUCUCUGUCAACACAGAAGCUCCUGCUCUUUCUUGUUAGAGGUGGCCAUGAUGAGCAAGCAUAUGGAUUUCAGGGAAGAGAGCCGGGGAGCCUGCUGCAGAUUAAACUGAUCAAUUGAGACAAUUGUGGUACUGCUGCCUCAAAGUGGUUGUUUUUAAAAUAAAGUACUUUAAAAUGCAUGUGAAUCAUGCUGCAAUAUGAUCAUUCAAAAGCAAAUAUAUAUUUCAAGAAAAAACUAAGAAGUUUUUAAAAUCAAUUACUUGAAUUUUCAGUGUAUAUAAGAGAAUGAAUAUGUUUUAAUGUACUGAUCUAAUCUACAUUCUUGCCAGUGUCUGUAAAAGUUGCUGAUGGGAAUGUUUCUUUUGUUUGUUUUGUUCCUAAUAGCUUUCUCAGUCUUAUGUUCAUUUAAGUUAGACUCCCACCAGAAACACGAAUGUGCUGUGUUAAAUUGCUGGAAUUUCCUAACUCACAAAGACACCAAAUUGCACAGGACUUUUUCAAAGUCUCAAAUGUUGCUUGACUGUUUUCUAAACCUUUUUUUUUUUAACUUAGAACUUUAUGUGUAUGUGAAUUUUUUGCUCGGACAAAAAACCAACAAUACUACUGAAGGCAUUUACAACCUUGCUGAAUACCUUGCAAUUUCUUUGAAGUACCCUAGCUACCCUUUGAGGAGUAGGCUUUUCUAUCACUUUUAAUUCAUUGGAAUAGGUGCUGUAGUCAGGGAAACCUUAGGAGUUUCUCACUAGGCUUGAUUCCAUAGGCAGGUUGGGAUAUAUGACUCUCUUCAUAUCACUUUACAACUUGAAAAUACUGUUUAUCAAGAUUUUUGACUCUUGGUUUGGAGGACCGGAGCAUGGUCAGGUGGUUAAAGGUUUAUUGAUCUACUUACAGGUGCUACCCUUCAAAAAUUUUCAGAAAAUGGAUGAGGGAGAAAUUGGAAUAAGGACACAAGCAGUAUGUUUAUAUUUUUAAUAUGCCUAGAGUUCUUCUUAAUGAGUUAGAUGGGCCUUUGCUUUCCAGAGCCCUGGUGCCUGUAGAAUGUGGCAUUUUGUGGGUUGUAAAUAUGAUAUUUGAUGUGGUACCUUAAGGAUGAACAAUGUUAAUUCAUAAAGAGGGAGAGAGUUGGGGUAUAGAAACCCUAGUUUUCAGUUUUGUUUCUUGCCAACAGGUGGGAUCCACUGAGCUGUUCCCUAGAGAGGAUAGUGGCCACCUGUAUUUUGACCCCUGACAUUCAAACCAUCUUCUGGACCAUGGUCUUUUAAAUAAAACAAAGGCAAAAAUAAAAAGAAACAUGGCAUAUUCAAAUUUUAAGGUCUUAUAAAACUAACUUGCAUUUUGAUUAACAUCUUUUUACAAAAGAAUAUUCAUGAAAAGUUUUCUUAAUGUGCUUUGUGGCACUUAGUCAUCGUCAAUAUGUUUAUUUUUUUUCCUUUUUCUUUUUUUUUUUGGUAACAUGGGCAGAAGGAAAUUGCUGCACACUUUGGUAGAACUUUUAAGCUAUAACUUUUUCAGAUGUUUUGCAACCAAAGUAUUUAGUACUAUGUAGGUUAACUAGUUUCUACAUCAGAAACAAAAGGGGAAAUGCCUUGCAGUUUGAAGUCAAAAAGAUUAUGGUAACUGUUGAAGCUCUGCAGCUUAGCUUUCAGGGAGGCAGACACAUUAACCAAUAUUCCUCUGAUUCUCCUUCUAUUCUUCCCCUUUCUCCAUGCCUGGGAUAGAGAGGAUAUGUCCCUUCACUUCAAAGGAUACUGGAGAAUCCUUUUGUCUCAGCCCCUCAAUGGCAGUCAUCACUUAAAGGUUGUACUGUUAAAUCUAAUAGCAUGUAAUCACCUUGUGUCUUAAGAGAUGGGAGAAAGGAGGUUAGCAUUUUUCCACAGCAGAUUUGUAACUGCCUGAAUGAGGAUGUUGUCUUAUUUUAUAUGUAUCCUAAAAUUACACUUCAGAUAAAAUAUGUACUGUAGCAGAUUUGAGCAUUAGUGGUUAAUGGUAGGGGUGAUUUUGCUUCCCUUAAAAAUUUCUCUGUAUACUAUUAACUUAGAAAAAGAUUUUAUUUCUGUAUCAGCAAAUCUGAUUUGACUGUUACUGUACUUUUUGAAAGGUUCAAGUAGCUUAACAUAAGCCCUGUACUCUGCACUGGGUAAAACACUUGGUUUAGCCAGCAUCUGGCCUAGUGUUUUAUGAAGACAAAAAUAUAAAUGUUGACUCGCUAGGGAUCCUCAGGGUUGACGACUCUGGUGGCCGAAGAACACAUUGAGAGUUAAGCAGGUGCCCAGAAAAAUUUAUUUUAGCCAACAGAAUGGGAAUUUCUCUUGCCUGUUUCAAUUGCUUAAUUCCUUUCUGUGCAUUAGAAAUACUCAAUUCUAAAAUAAGUUAGCAUUGGUCAGUUUUAGGGACUAAGACCCUUUCCUUCUCCCUGUCCUAUAUAGGUGAGCUUCAUAUAAAACUUUAUAAAAAUUUGUUUUAAAAAGCUAAACCUCCAGUAAUGGGAAAAGAUUAAGAUAAAGGGGAUUGAAGUAUCCAUCCAAGUCAUUAAGUUUAAAGUCCCCCUUUUGCUUUAUCAUCCUGUUUCCAAAGGGUCAAUUUCAAAGUUUGUCUACCUGAAGGACUGGAAUGAGUGUGAUGAGCUGAGAAUUCUGUUAAUUUCAGUCUCUUAGUUCAAGGGGGGAGUGGGUGGUCAGCCUUCUGAAUACACUCUUCAGUAUUCUGUGUUGGCCUUCUCAGGUGCAAUUUUAUGACCAGUUCAGCCAACUGGACACUUGCUAUCAGUCCGCUGAUGUUAAAGAACAAAGGAAUGAUGAGUAAAGAAAGGUCAUUCCUGUCACUUAGUUACCCUCUGUGGCACUGCUUGAGUAUCAAAGAGAAGGUGGUGGGUAAUACUCUUCUAAAUCAUUUCACAUUGCUUAAGUAUCUUGGUUAACUCAAAAGAGGCAAUAUUAUUUGAUGAGGGCAUUUCGCCUCGUGCCUCUUGCUUUGAGAGAUGGUUAUUUGUUUAUAGCAGUCUUUUAAAAGAUCCACAUCUUUUUUAAAAAUGAAGGUUUAGGCUAUUGUUAGGACCAAGUAUUCCCACUAGGUCUCUCUACAUCACAUUCACUGACAUAUAAAAAAGACCAUGCUGUUUUCCCCAGGUAGACUACAUAAAAAUAUAUACAAAGAGCAGCAAAGUGAAUGCUAACUUCAAAUGUUUUUAGCAUCUUUAGCUUGGAACAUUUUCUAAUGACAACUCUCUUGCCAGCCAGUCCCAUUACCAAACAAGUGAAAAGAGCACCAAAUGUUGCAUGAGACAGAUCCCUGGAACAGUGUGUUUGUGUGUGUGAGUUUAAAAAAAAUAAAUAUAUAUAUAUAUUUGUGAAAGAAAUACCAAAUUAUUAAUUUUUGGAAGAGACUUUGCUUCUAUUUUGUGUCUGUAUUUGACCCACCAAACUGUUUGUUUGUAAAUUAGAUCUAAGGGGUCUUACCCUGAAAGUGAGCUGGCCAGAGCGUAUGUUUUCCAUGUUACAUUGGGACAAUAGUGCUUCCUUCUAAAUGCAGUAUUUUAGCAUCAUUGGGUGAAGUAGAAUGUUUUUGGUGAAGCUUUCCUCCUUAAAAAGUAUUGUUAAGACACCAGUAGUAAUACUUGUCAGAUUACUCCCCAGUACUCCCAGAUGAGACAAUCCAAAAUCAUAUUUAAAAAACAAACUUUCCGUUACCUGAAUUUUCUUUAUCUCUGGUAUUUGCUUUUUCAUAUUUGCAAAAGUUAGAUCUUCCUAAUGCACCAGAGAGCCAUCCUUGCUUCUUUGCCUGAAAGAGCCUAGAUUGAAUUCUUCAUUUAUGGCUAACAAAUAGGGCUGUUAGUGUUAUACCAUCCUGGCAUAUUCAAGUUCAAGACUCAUUCAUGUGGCCAGAGAGAACCUGCCAGCCCGUCAAGACUGUCAUUGGCUUUCUUUGUGCUGCCAAAAGUUUUCAAGUUAGAUUUGAGAAGCUUCUCCAAUUGAUGAUGGAUUUUUGCUUCAUUUUUGUCCUCCCCAGGGCCAAGGGCCCAUCACCCUUCUCAAGGAGCUAUCUGGUCCCACUAAUGUUUUCAGUUCUUUAUGUAACAUGGAAAUGGGUGUUCUCCUGGGAGCUUGUUUAAAUGCCUCAUGUCCAUGGAAAAGCUGCAUAUAGGCAUCUCAUAACAGAAAUAUUUAGUUCCGUUGUGAACUGGUGGUAAUGACAACUACUUUUUAUCAACUUAUUAAGUUGGGGCACUAUACUAGCUCUUGCUGAGUUUAGCAAUGUUAUAUGUGUGUGUUAAACACAUAAUGUUGUUAAGUUUUAUGAGGAAAAAGGGAUUAAAGCAAAGUAAUGUCAUGGAUGACAAAUUUUUUUUGAGUGCAUCAUUGGCACAAUGUUGCAUUUAUUUCUAUGCUGUUGAGCUUUGGGGGGAUUUAUUUUUUAAGGUAAAAGAUUUGUUGCAUGACUGACUGUUUUUACUGUUCUGCACUUUCUGUUCUGUUUGUAUAAUCUACUUUCAUUUAUGAGUGGGGGGGUGGAUUUAGACAUACACUCCACAUAUGUGUCCCAGUCCGUUAUUCUACAGUUGAAUCUUAAUAAACAUUUCAGUAAGUUAA